AUGAUUAAGUUGCAAGUGAAAGUUAUUUCUUGGGCUCUUAUAAUUUUAACAGCAUUUUUACGCGUGCUGCAAAUUGAAAGCAUAAAUACCAAUUUCCUUGAGCUGGCGGCCUUCGAGGACUUUUUGCGUUCGGAGCACUUGAGCCAGGUCCUGGUGGUCCGCGGCGAGGCUGCUGACGGCGACUGGCAAAUUGAAUGCCACCAGAAAUUGUUGGCCAACUAUCGUGUGCAAUUUUACCGGCCAGGAAUGCCUGCGAAUUUCGAGGAUCUCUUGUUCUACGGGUCUCCGCGAACGGCGGUCCUGGUGCUGAAUUUCGAGCAUGUCCUCGUGAGGCGCCGGGUGCUCGGGGUGGCCUCCGCGGCCGGAUACUUUAACAACUCGCUGGCCUGGUUCAUUCUCGGCUCUGGCCGAGAGUCUGUGCAGGAUGAGCAGCUGAUUGAGCAGCACUUGAGUGGCUACAGCAUGGGCAUUGAUGCGGAUAUCACAGUGGCCCUGAGGGGCCAAGACAACGACUCUUGGCUGCUCUACGAUGUAUACAGAAUCAGUCAAAAAGUGCCAACGCCACUGAUCAUUGAAAAGAAGGGAGUAUGGACUAUAUCUGGAGGCUAUCAGCUGCUUGAUGGCUUUAAAAACACCUGGGUAGUUCGGCGGCGCAACUUCCAUAAUGUCACUCUUUUGGGCAGUACUGCACUGACAGAGAAGCCCCCUGGCUUCGAUGACAUGGACUAUCUGGCGGACGAUAAGCAGCUCCUACAAUUGGACCCUAUGCAGCGGAAGACCUAUCAGUUGUUUCAACUCGUUGAGCGCAUGUUCAAUCUCAGCUUGGCCGUCAGCUUCACGGACAAGUGGGGCGAGUUGCUGGAGAAUGGCAGUUGGUCCGGAGUGAUGGGUCAGAUGACGAGUCGCGCGGCGGACUUCGCCGUGUGCCCCAUUCGCUUUGUGCUGGACAGACAGGCCCACGUCCAGUACUCGGCGGUGCUGCACACCCAGAGCAUCCACUUUCUCUUCCGCCACCCGCGCCGCAGCCACAUCAGGAACAUAUUCUUCGAGCCGUUGAGCAACCAGGUGUGGUGGUGUGUCCUGAUUCUGGUCACUGGAAGCACUCUGCUCCUACUGGUUCACGUGAGACAGGAGAGGAGGCUUUCCCACAUGGACAACCGACUAUCCUUCGUCUGGUUUACCAUGCUGGAGACCUACCUGCAACAGGGUCCUGCCACUGAGAUCUUUCGGUUAUUUUCAACUCGACUGCUGAUCAGCUUUAGCUGCAUAUUCAGUUUUAUGCUGAUGCAGUUCUACGGCGCCUUUAUAGUGGGCUCCUUGCUCUCCGACAGCUCGAGAAGUAUUGUCAACCUACAGGCCCUCUAUGAUAGCAAUCUGGCGAUUGGCAUGGAAAACAUAUCCUACAAUUUUCCCAUAUUUACCAACACCAGUAACCAGCUGGUGAAGGAUGUGUAUGGCAAGAAAAUCUGCAAGUCCGGAGAGCACAAUAUCCUAACCCUACAGCAGGGAGCGGAAAGGAUCAUCCAAGGUGGCUUCGCAUUCCAUUCGGCUAUCGACAGGAUGUACCGGUUGCUCUUGGAUCUCAGGAUGGAUGAGGAAGAGUUCUGCGACCUGCAGGAGAUAAUGUUUAACCCGCCGUACGACUCGGGAUCGGUGAUGCCCAAGGGAUCGCCGUGGAGGGAGCACCUGGCCCACGCCCUGCUCCACCUCCGAGCUAGUGGCCUAAUGCAGUACAACGACAGGAAAUGGAUGGUCCCUCGGCCGGAUUGCAGCCUAUUUAAGGCCUCGCAGGUCGAGGUGGACCUGGAGCACUUUGCCCCGGCACUUUUCACCCUCGUGCUGGCCAUGGUGGCCAGUGCCCUGGUCUUUCUACUGGAACUCUUUCUGCACUGGCUACCGAAGCUUCGCAGGAGGUUGGGGGCCAUGUCCAUGUCCACUUAA